AUGUCGACAAACACAACAGUAAUAAGUGUUUUCUUAAUUAUUCAUUUAGAAUUAUUCAUUGUUUCUUUAUUGCCAAUCCAUACAAAUAAUAUUACAUUACAACGUUAUCGACCUAAACGAUGGGCUUAUUAUGAAAUACAUAAAUGUGGUCGUAUUAAAGGAUAUAGUUGUUUAGAACAUCGUCACUGUUAUGAACGUUAUCUACGUCAUGAUAUGGUUUGUUUUGAAGUUUAUCCAUGUUUAAGUUCAUGUAUAUUUAUUGCUCAGUUAUAUGACUAUGAGAAAUUUGCACAACAAAUUGAACGUUUAAUGAUCAAGGGAAUACCUGUAAAUAAUCAUGAUGAUGCAGUAAAUUUUGUACGUGAAAAAACAAAGAAAUUAGCCCAAGAUUUAAAUAUGUCACUGCCGUUAGGUGGAACAUAA